CACGACACGUUUGGGUGGCGGUCACUGCAUUUAGAUAUCGUCUUGCGAAAUUGCGGGCAUGAAACUCACUGGUUUAGAUCUGCGGACUUAAAUCGUGUUUUGAGAUGUCCGGGUUACAGUCCUCCAACACUACAAGCACUGGUCUCCCGAACUCUGAUUAUGAAUGGAGGUACGAAUAUUACGACGACGAAGAGCCCGUGUCUUUUGAGGGUCUCAAAGCGCACCGAUAUUCCAUUGUGAUCGGCUUCUGGGUGGGCCUUGCAGUCUUCGUUAUUUUCAUGUUCUUUGUUUUGACUCUUCUGACCAAGACUGGAGCCCCACAUCCAGAGAGCGCAGAGCCUUGCGAGAAGCACAUACGUCUCACCCACUGCCUGGAGGAUUUAAAUCGCCCCCAUGACCUUGAAAACAAAACGUGCCUCUCGCGUCCCUUGCUGGAGGAAUCGCGUUCACUCUUUCACUGCUACGUGGAUGAGGAGGAACAGGGCGGGGGCGGGGUCCUGAGCGGGGCCAGAAGGAGCCGAGACCAGCAAGCCGGCGCUCGUUCCACCGCUCCUGACGAGACGGUGGGCCUGGUUCUCCAGAGCGCGGAGACAGAGAACAGGACGGACAGGGAAGCCGCUUUCUUGGCCCAUUUUAACAUCCCCAACUUCGUGAACUCUGAAUUGAGCUCCACUCUGGGUGAUGACGACCUGUUAUUGGGAGAGCCACCCAUUAUCAUGGACAGUGAAUCGUACCCUCGUAGUAACAGUCACGUUAUUGACUAAAGGCCACCUCCGUCUUGGCUUUGACUGCGUGGACACAACAUUUGUCAAGCCUAGAACGGUUCAGGAUUGCAUUUCUUCCUGCGUAUGCAUGGCCUUUACAUUUGGUGACGAUACAGCUCCUGGCCAAGGUGGUAGAUGCCAAACAAGUCCCCGGAGAGCACAACACUACCAACUAUCUGACUGCCUGAAGUGAUUCCAGGUUUGAGUGGACCCUUAAGCUUCGAAAGACUCAUAUAAGAGAUUCUGCUGUUCACUGGGGCAUAAUGGUCUUAGUUCCACUCUUAGACUAAAGGAUUUAAGAGAUGAAACUGACUGUCUGCAUUUGGCAAACCAAAGGGAUUUAGCAUCCCCAAGUUUUUAGUGAGAGAAAGCAGAUUCGGAUAUAAAGGAGUCAGCAGUGAGGAGCUGAUGUGAGAUGAGGUUUAAUAAAACAAAUCAGGGUCUGGGAGUACCUGUGCAAAUCUGUUAAUAAUAUCUGCAUUAGCGAGCAGUAUGUGCGUGUACGUGACCACAAUAACCGGAGCAUGUCUGCUCACAAUCUCAUUACUACACUGCUUGAGAGUUUCAACCUGACAAAUGAUUUUCAGGAAAUAAAAAUAAGACUAAUGAUGUCUGUUAUGCUGAGGCUGAGGGCAUGUGUAUAAAGUAUAUAGAGAUUCAGUCACUCAGGCUGUGCAGAGGCAAUAACACAGCCUUAUUCACGCCUUUCUUUAUUUUCAGAAGAUGCUGGAGGACUUCAGAAUACUGCUUCACACCUUUUUUUCUCAACAACAUGUUUACCCUGUUUAUUGUUAAAGUGACAGCUUAUUAUUUUGACCCCCGCCCUCCCCCAGCAGGAGUUUUUUUGUGUAUAUAAAAUAUGACAGACAAGAUAAUUCAAUGUCUGGUAUUUAUUUUAAUAAGGUCUGCAGUAUACAACUGCACAUGAACAUGUUACAAUAUAAUAUUAAUUAUGAACAUACAAAACAUCACAGACUCAUUUGCAUAAAUAUUAACUGUGGAUUCCUGAUUAAGUCUCG